AGACGUCAGUCAAAGUCAAUUUUUGUUUCUUAUCUUUUUAAAAUUUAACAAGUCAAACUUUGUUAGCAUUAUCCAAAUUUUUGUCCAUGUUGACUGACUUGUGUUGUAUAAUACACGGUUUCUUCAAAGCUAAUUCAUGAUCCACAAAAUAAAGAGGACAAUCAAACCAAAGGAGCCAUGAAAAUCAACCAUAUUCAUGUUGUAAAAUCUACAUUCUCAAUUCCCAGGAAACAAGUUUACCUUUUCAUUGUCUCCUUACUUACCUUUAUCCAUUUCCAGGGCGGUUUACAGAGUGACGUCUACGAAAAGGAGAAGAACAUUUUGUUGGAGCUGAAGCAACUAUGGGGAUUUCAGAAAUUAUGGGAUUCCAAUUCCUCACACUGCAGUUGGAAUGGUAUAGGCUGCAGAAAUGGUUCUGUUACAAUCAUCUAUAUUCCAAAUGGGAAUCUACUUUCCGGAGCAAUUUCACCAAUCAUAUGUGAACUCAAAAGCCUGCAAGUGAUAGACCUGAGUAGCAACUAUAUCAGAGGAGAAUUUCCUACCUCCUUGUACAAUUGCUCAAAGCUGGAAUAUCUUGAUAUUUCUUGGAAUCAAUUCCAUGGACCACUGCCUAGUGACAUUCAUCGUUUGUCGAGGCUAAUCCAUUUAGAUAUUGCUGGAAGUAACUUCAGUAAUAUCCCAGGAGCUAUAGGUCAGCUUUCUGAAUUGCAAUAUCUAUCUCUUAAGUUCAAUAAUUUCAACACUUGGAUACCCCGAGAAAUUGGAAAUUUAUCAAAGCUUGAGACCUUGGAUAUAUCCUAUAUUGACAGCUUUAAGCAGGCAACAAUUACAGAGGAAUUAGGACGACUGAAGAAGUUGACAUCCCUUUUCAUUAUACGGUCAAAUUUGAUAGGGGAGAUUCCAGAAACAUUUUCCGCUCUUUCAGGUCUCGAAGUCUUGGAUCUCUCAAUGAAUUACUUAAACGGGUCUAUCCCAAGUUACUUGUUUGAGUGGAAGAAGUUGACGAAUCUUCAUUUGGAGUUUAACCAAUUUUCUGGUAGGUUACCAAUGUUGGAUGCAAAUAUGGAAUUGAUGGGGAGAACUCAAGAAAUGUUUUCUAAUCUUUCUGGUCUCCAAGUCUUAGAUCUCUCAGGAAAUCACCUAAAUGGUUCAAUUCCAAGCUACUUAUUUCGUUGGAAGAAUUUAACAUCUCUUCUUUUGGGGGAUAACCAAUUUUCUGGGAAUUUACCUAGUAUAACUGGAAAUUUGAGAUUAAAAACAUUGGAUCUUUCGUCGAAUCAUCUUUCUGGACAUAUUCCACAAGAAUAUGACAAGAAUGAAUACUACUUUGGAAAUAAUCUGAAUCUAUGUAGCAAAUAUACCAACCAUUACAUCCAAGCUCCACGUUGCAGUGGAAAAACAAGAGUUGUAAUUGCCGUUGUGGCCCCUGUUGCAUUUUUAGUCAUGGUAACAUUGUUAUGUUACACAUUUAAAAAGAAUUGGACUUUCUCCACAGACCAACUCAUGCGGAGGAAGAAGAGGCAUGAGAACCAAGAUCCUGAGUGGAUGUUCAUUUCUUUCCAGCAGUUAGGAUUCACAGAAUCUGAAAUUCUGGUGAAUAUGACAGAAGAAAAUUUGAUUGGAAGUGGAGGAUAUGGGAAGGUCUAUCGAGUUGGUGUCAAUCCUAAUGGGAACUUUGUGGCAGUUAAGAGAAUAUGGAACAAGAGGAAUUUAGACCACGGGCUUGAGAAACAGUUCCUUGCAGAAGUUGAAGUAUUGGGUAGCAUUCGACAUUCUAAUAUUGUGAAGUUGUUAUGUUGCAUUUCUAGAGGAAACUCAAAGUUUUUGGUGUACGAGUACAUGGAAAAUCAAAGCUUAGACAAGUGGUUGCAUCACAAGAGAAGAAGUGAAAAAGAUAUUACUGCCUCAGCACAUUGUGUAUUGGAAUGGCAUACUAGACUGCAAAUUGCAGUUGGUGCUGCCCGAGGUCUAUGUUACAUGCAUCACGAGUGCUCUACGCCAAUCAUUCAUCGUGACAUUAAGUGCAGUAAUAUCCUUUUAGACCAUGAACUGAAUGCCAAAAUUUCAGAUUUUGGACUAGCUAAGAUUUUGGCUAAGUGGGGAGAGACAGAGACUACUUCUGCUAUCGCUGGCACGUUUGGCUACCUAGCUCCAGAGUAUGCAUACACGUCGAAAGUGAAUGCCAAAAUUGAUGUCUACAGUUUUGGUGUGGUGUUAUUGGAGCUGGUUACCGGGAGAGAACCAAUUAACGGAGACGAGCAUAUAAACCUUGCACAAUGGGCAUGGAACCACCAUGAAGAAGGCAAUCCAGUGGUUGAUGCUAUUGAUGAAGAAAUCAAGGAAGCAUGUUUCUUGAACGAAAUGAGUUCCAUGUUCAAGUUGGGGCUUAUUUGCACCAGUACUGUACCUUCUGCUAGACCUUCCAUGAAGGAAGUUCUGCAAAUUCUAUUACUCAGCCUUAAUACUUCUUCCUAGCAAUUGGCUGCGAAUCUAGGAUUAUCGUUGCUUCUUUAUUUGCACUGAAAAAUUAAAAGUCCAAAUACUUAUUCUACCUUCUUUUCUAGUGAG